UCGUUUGACAAGUCGCUCGAAAACAUCGUCUAUUUUCUUCUCGUAAAUGGAUUAAAAUUUAUCCUCGCGCGAAGUGUUUUAUUGUGAUACCGUGUUGUUGUUGUGUUAAUUAGUAUCUGCUUAACCGGCCAACAUGAGUGAAUUGAGACAACGGCGCGGCGAAGGCGAUGGGAACGAGAAACUCGAAACCGCUGGAGAAUCCGAUCAUGUGGAUUCUGAAGAGGAGAAGGUGUUAGAAGAGAAAUAUGUGGAUGAAUUGGCGAAAACAUUGCCGCAAGGGACGGAUAAAACUCCGGAGAUCCUUGACUCUGCGCUUUCUGGACUAUCCUCAAGAUGGAGGAACUGGGUGAUCCGGGGCAUCUUCACUUGGCUCAUGAUUGGCGCGUUCUGUCUCCUCAUUUAUGGCGGACCGCUUGCACUUAUGAUCACGGUUCUGUGCGUGCAAGUGAAAUGCUUCGAGGAGAUCAUCAACAUCGGCUACGCUGUGUACCGCGUUCACGGGCUGCCGUGGUUCCGUUCGCUCUCCUGGUACUUCCUGCUCACUUCCAACUACUUCUUCUACGGCGAGAACCUGAUCGAUUACUUCGGCGUCGUCAUUAAUAGAACGGACUACCUCCACUUCCUGGUAACGUACCACCGGUUCAUAUCGUUCAGCCUUUACUGCGUGGGAUUUGUGUGGUUCGUGCUCUCGCUGGUGAAGAGAUACUACAUGCGCCAGUUCAGCCUGUUCGCGUGGACUCACGUGGCCCUGCUCAUCGUGGUCACGCAGAGCUAUCUCAUCAUACAGAACAUAUUUGAAGGUCUAAUCUGGUUCAUCGUGCCUGUUUCAAUGAUAAUCUGCAACGAUGUGAUGGCGUACGUGUUCGGCUUCUUCUUCGGGAAGACACCGCUGAUCAAGCUCAGCCCUAAGAAGACCUGGGAGGGAUUCAUCGGUGGCGGCGUUUCCACUGUUGCGUUUGGAUUGGUGCUGUCGUACCUGAUGUCCCAGUACCCGUACCUGGUGUGUCCGAUCGAGUACUCGGACUCGCUCGGGCGCAUGACGAUGGACUGCGAGCCGUCGCAGCUGUUCCGCCUGCACGAGUACACGCCGCCGCAGUUCCUGCAGCCGCUCAUGAAAGUGGUUGGCAUGGAGAAGUUCAACAUGUACCCGUUCAUGAUCCACUCGCUGGCGCUUAGCAUCUUCAGCUCUGUCAUCGGACCGUUCGGCGGAUUCUUCGCUUCUGGAUUCAAGAGGGCUUUUAAGAUCAAGGACUUCGGCGACGUGAUCCCGGGACACGGCGGCAUCAUGGACCGGUUCGACUGCCAGUUCCUGAUGGCGACGUUCGUUAACGUGUACAUCACCAGCUUCAUACGCACCGCCACGCCGCAGAAACUGCUACAACAGGUGUACAACUUGAAACCCGAACAACAACUGCAACUGUUUUACGCGCUGAAAGAAUCUCUGGAACACAGGAAUAUACUCAACACAUUACCUUAAACGAUACACCUUAUAGCUUAAUACAAGGUAUUUAUUUUAUUUAUUGCGUGCAUUAUCCAUUGACAAUUUGUAAGCGUGUUUUCACGUUUGAUGCUCAAAACGCAGCGUUAUCUUGAGGGAAUUUCUAUAUUCUAAUAACUUGAUAUGGCGACUGUUUAUUAGGGUUCCUAUUUUAUACGUUAAAUAUAUAUUGGCAAUUUUCAGUGUUUAUAGUUCUGAUAUAAAAUUUAAUUGUAUUUAUAAAUAUUAUGUGAAAGAAAUGCUGCGUUUAUUAAAACGCUGCGUUUUUAUCGUCAAGUGUGCAGGCGCUCUUCCAUGGAACAUAUCCCCGCCACAUGAGAAAAACAAUAUUAUUUGUUCUAGUCUUAUUUCACAGACAAAUAGGUUCAGUUCUAUAUUGUGUUAUUUUUAGUGGCAUUAUUAUAUUUUUUAUUAUCUCCCAGCACAUAUACACAUACCAAAGAUCCGAUAUAACCAAAUAUAACCAACUGUCAGUACAAUAGGUACUCUUAGAGACCAUACGUUCCAUAAUAAAACACAUUUAAUCCUUUGAAUUAUUAUUAAGACUUGGGGCACAUAACCAGUAGAAAAUAAAAAAAAAGUUUUUUAAUACUUUUUUGUGUCCAAAAAUGUGAAAGCAACUUAUACACGUCUUUCAAAAUGUCAUUUAUUUUUAAACAAUUGAUUUUGUAGAAAAAUAAACAUUUUAAAGUGUCAUCAAGUCUACAAAGGAUAAUAUAAAAAUAGCACCAAUAGAAAAAAAGAAUAGCUGAAUUAUUCUCAACACUAAAUACAUAGUAUAUGUAGAACAUAAAAUAUAUAAACCAUACAUAGUAGUGAAAUUAUCACAUACUGUCGGAUAGAACGGUGAGGAAAAAUUUAUACCGUCGACGACACUCGUUGUUGUAUUUUUUACUCGACUGUGUGUCAGGCGUGUGUGGUGAAACUAAAAAUAUCUUGUUGUAGUAAAUUAAUUAGCUAUUUAGUCGUUGUAGAUUUAACAGUAUAGUAUAUGCAAUUAUUGACUAUGCUUUUAGCGAACAGUUGCAAUUAGUACGUAAUGAAACAUCUUUCGUACAUUAUCGACUAUGAAAAACUCUCUAGAAAGAAAGUUCCAUAUUUACUUACGUACUUUUUCACAAAAAACUAAAAAGGCGUAUUUAUUACUUGCAUAUACUAUGUUAUCAAAUUUACAAUGAUAGUUAUUCAGUGUUAAUAUAAGUUAGUUAUAACAAUCAUACUCAUAGUAGAGGAAAUGAUGUAAAAAUAUUUUGUGCUGUCAAAUUUUAACUCGAAUUAUUUGUACCUAGUAUAAUUUAAAGUUAUGGUUAUUUAUGUUUACUUCCUCGAAUGAUGCGUUUGGCUGUUGUGCGUUUAAUUCAAUCUAUACGUUUUAAUGUCCAGAAAUGAAAUAGGGGGCGAAUGGCAUUAAAGGGGUUUGUCGUAUGUUGAUCAGCACAGUGCAGAACCAAGCAGUGGGUUUUUUGUUCGAAGUUAGAAGUAUGCCUGUCUGUUUAUUAUUAAUAUAAAUAAAAAAAAAUUUUUUUUUGCCCCUUUAAAGUCUGUUCACCGUCUUCUACAAGUCUAUGGUACGCCAAUACAUCCAUUCUAACUCAUUUCUUAAUAUACCAUAAAGAUCCAUAGCUUUUUAGCUCUUACAUAAUUUUGGAUUCUUUUUGACAGGGACGUUGCAUUUUUUCUUUCGAUAAUUUUGACUGAUCGAUCUAACGACUGUUUCAUGUGCUAAAAAUUUUUGGAAAAUUUACAUAUUGUAUCCAAAAAUCUCUAUAAGGAGAAAUCAAAUAGUUUAAAUACCAUUACGUCAUCACGAGUAUGUUUUGGAUCAUAAAAUGAUAUAUUAUCUGCUUUGAUACUUGCAUAUGAUUAUGUUUAAAUAUCUGAUAUUAAAACGGAUUAGCAAAACUUCCUAAAGAUUAAUAGUAAUGGAAAUUUUAUUAAGAAAUACUUCGAGCAAUGGAGAUAAAGAUCUAGGAAAUUUCAUAAAGAGCGCGUAAUUUUUUGCAUGUUAAUAUUGCCCUUUAAAUAAUUGCGAAAUGUGUACUAUUUUCAAUGAGAAUGAAAGAGAUAGAACUAAACGCUAUGAAAGUGGUAAAUAAUAAUAAUAGUAAGGAAAAUAUGUUAUUAUUAUUAUUAAAGGCCAAAUGCAGAAUGGUUCCUCUCCGAAUCCAAAACCGCUAGUGGCUUGGGUCUUGAGCUGCAACAUCAGCGAGUAAUUUCUUUUUAUUUAAUUUUUUUUUAGAUAUAUGGACAAUGUUAAAAAGUAACUUAAAAUAGUGAGAAAUAAUGAUUUAAAGUGUUAAAUAUAGGAAGUUUUGUUAAUCUAUUUUCACAAUCAAACAGUUAACUCGGUUCCGUUAAACAUUGAGUUUGUUAUGUUUCGCGAUGAAGUUUUUUUUGUGAUUUUACGUUAUGUUGGUACAUCGUGUUGAGUUUUUGCUUAUUUUUAAUUUUUGUUUUACUCACGUUCGCUAGUUUAGUUUUGUACAGUUUGUAGGUUAAUUAUGUAUUUGUGUUGUUCGUUUCGACGUAUGACGAGUUUCCUAAUAUGGAAAAAUUUACACAGGGUGGAAUUGAGGGACUGCCUUUGUUCCGCAGGCUUUGUCCCUAUUUGGAUCAACGCAUAUGUCCUAUAAUUACUAUAAUAAUAUACUAUAUGUAUCUAUGUCAUACCAGCGCUCUUUCCACAAUAGUACAUUAAGAUCACUCAAAGAAAGGCAGUUGAAACGAAUUUUUUCUCCCUCUCACACAGUGAGAUGGCGAUAGAAAAAUGAUUCUUUAAUUGCACAGCUAAUUUGUACCAAAUUUGGUACGAGGAUGGGAUUCCCGCGUCAAAAUUAAAUGUUUAUUUACGUCAGCAACUGACACGGCUAGGGAAAACCACAAAUCUUUGGGGAUCUACAGCUCAUACAAUGGCUUGAAGUUUGCUUAUUUGAUUGUCAUGAACAGUAAGUUCAAUGCGCUGAGUUUUCGGCUCACUUUUGUAAAUUUGAGUUUUAUGGUGCGUAUUGUGGUUAUGCAAGUAAUGUUUUCCCAAUAUAAACUUUAUUUAUAUGUACAGGGUGAUUCGAAACUCAUUGAUGGUAAAAUUGUCUGCAUGUUAUUAAUUUAAAUUAGGAUCAUACAUAUUUUAUUUAUUUUCUUUUUGUGAACCCUGGCAUGUCGUGUGAAAGCUUUUUAAAAGACUCUAACCAACUAAAUACUUCUAAACAGCCUAGCUAAUUUCUGUAUAUACAUUUAAAACCAAGAAAGUGAGCAGUAGACUGUCAAUGAGUUUCCAAUUUCUAGUGUCAUUGUUGCCCCAAAAUAUGUCAUUAAGGUGCACUUCCAUAGCGAGCUUCAUGCGAUUCUCAAACUACACGACAACAUAACAAGCACUAGACUAUAGAUAUUGAAACUGUAAACGUUCUAAAAAAAUUUUGUAAUAAAAAAUACUUGCAAUUAUUGUAUGAAGUUUGAAAGAAAUCGCCUGUGGAAUAGCGCCUUAUGACACACCAGUCCAAAUAUAAAUAUAUAAAGGACCAAUGUUGAUGUUAUGUUAGCAUAUUGUUUAUAUUUAACGCGUAUUUACCAAAAAUUAUUUGCCAUGGGACAAAUACUAUCUUCAGAGUUUAUGUAUUCACGCAUAGAUUUAUUUCUCGUUGAUGUUUCACAUUUUGAUGUUUGUUAUACGAUUUGUAUCUGUAUUUGCUAAAUGGUAUCAUUUUCAAUUCAGUAUAAAUACGAUGAUUAGUUACUUGCUUCCAAAAUAUAGUUAUACAGCGCGUUGCAAAAAAGAUGUGAUAAUUUAAUGAACAUUUUCGUACAGAGACCCUAAAAUCUUAUACUAUAAUGAUUAUAAAAUCACUGCUACAAGUCUAUCUUUGUAUUGAAAAUAGUAAAAUAUUUGAAAGAUAUUUUAUUACAUUUGGAGAUCCUAAAAGUAAUUUAGAAUCCAUUCAAAAUUAUUUUGAGUUUUUCACGACAACAUAUAAUUUUACCGUAAAAGUAGGGUGUUUUAUUUGGUGAAGGUUUAUAUACCGCUUUUUUGCAACACCCUGUAUAUACUUAUAUAAGCCAAAACUGAUUUAUAUAUUAUCAUUGAAUUGCCGAGGUCAUUUUGGACUACACUCGUACGUUAAAUUUACGCUUGAUAUAUUAGUAUUAAAGGCGUCGAUGUCUUAAUGUAGAUUUUAAAUGCAUUUUAGAGUUAAUGUCGCGUUUAUGUGAUAAAGGAGUAUUUAUUUAGGGCAAGUGAUGUGUCAUUUUUUGGCUGUAUGUUCUUAGGGUGAUGGUCGCUUUAUAAAAAAAAAAAACAUCUUGCCAUAACCUAUUUCGGGUUUUUAUAUCCUCGUGCGUAUUUAAUUCGAGGUAUUUUUGUAAAAGUCGCAUCGCUUGCUCUCUAUAAAUUAUAAAAAUAACGAUUAAAAACAUUCAUGAAAAUCUUAUUGGUCACAAAUAUUUAAGAAAAGAUCUGUAAUUUUUAAACGUGUUAAGAAAAUCCAUAAUAAAAUAAACAUAAAGGUAAUAUUUAAAUGAUAAUUUCUUCAUCUCUAUUACUAUGAAUAAAUAUUGUAGUGGAUUUAUCAUUAGUGUUUUACAGAGCUUUCGGUUUCGGCUUCGGCCAGAUGACAUCUUCAGGCGUACCUUCGGCCUCGGCCAAUUUUGGGCGACGAUUAAGCGGAAGCCGAAGCACGAAUCGAUCGAUUCUGUCUCACUUCAAUGUUCUUAACACGUGCUAAUCGGUGUACCUAAUUAUUAUACGUGUAUCGUAGAACUAGAAUGGUUUAAUGAUAAAUUAUUUAUUCGUUAUUGUGACUUGUAUUAAUAAAUGGAGUACUACAUGA